AUGACCUACCAAACCAAACCUACUUCCAAUGGGGUGUAUCGCAUCAAAGUUCUCAACCAGGAUCUUGUCAUCGAAAGCGCCCCUGGUUAUAAUCCAGGGUUGAAGCUUGCUUCACCUUCUCCGACUAGCAACAAGCAAAAGUGGACCCUUACCCAAUUGUCGGGGCAAAGCAACGUCUGGACGAUGGUCAGUGUCGAGGAUGGGUAUGGUAUAACCUACAAGAAGACUGCAGACACCUAUUGGGGUUAUGGAUACCCUUAUCCUCAGAAUGUUCCCUCCUUGAACUGGUCUAUAUUGGAACGAACCAGUGAUGGCCAAACCUUCUCAAAGAUAAAGCUAAGCGGCGAGUCGAACUGCUUCGACUCCUGCGACCCAGGAUCAGAUGCCGUCCACUUUUACUAUGACCAUGCUCAUGUCUACGAUGGUCCCAAACAAUGCUUCGUUUUUGAGUUAGUCCCAAAUGUCAAGCCUUCUGCGCCCCCUACGCUACAGGGAGUCAACAGCAAUUUGCAAUACACUUCUAUCUGGGGGAACUUCGCUCCGGGAGAUCUCAGAUUUGGCCUUAUUGCAUUCCGCGAUCAUCCUCCUCAAGAUCUGAGCUUCAUCAUCCAGGAAUACCCUUUCACGACCGAUUUUGGAAGUGUCGCAGCGAAUUUAGGCGGCUUAACAGCGACGGGCGGUGGUGAUGGACCUGAAUCUCAAAGUGAUGCUUUGUCCGCUGCCUACAAGGCUGACUGGAAGGACGAAGCGACAAAGGUCGUGGUGCUGAUUACCGAUUCACCCCCGCAUGGAAUUGGAGAGGAUGGAGACGCCUUUCCCAAAGGUCGUGAUGGAUCAGCGACUAAUUCCAAAUUAGAAAUUGACCCGCUCCGUGUUGCGACGAGGAUGGGAAGAGCUGGUAUCACUCUGGGUUUAAUGUCAAUACAGUACGUGAUUGCGUGCGAACCUACCCUGAGCCAGUAUUACAAGAGAGCGCGUGAUUUCUAUCAAGGAUUGGUUAAGAAAACCGGAGGGAAAGUGCUCAACCUCGGCGAUGUCAGCGUGCUGCCCACUCUCAUCGCUGGUUCCGCUUUAGAAGCAGUCAACAGCGAGAUUUACGUUGCCGAGUAUCAGGCUGAA